AUGUUCAACGAGAAAGGAAGUAAGAACAGAAAAAACAACAACUCGGAGAAAUCUGAGGAGCGUCGACGGCGAAUGGAGGUAGAAAGAGCGGUCGUGAUUGGAGGCGGAGCGUCUCGGUACGCGCUGAAACCGGCGCGUAUAAAGAGCGAGGACAUACUCAUCUGCGUCGAUGUAGAUGCGGAAUCGACGGUGGAGAUGAAGACGACGGGAACUAACGGGAGGCCGUUGAUCAGGAUGGAGUGCGUGAAGCAAGCCAUUAUUCUAUUCAUUCACAACAAGCUCUCCAUCAAUCCAGAUCAUCGCUUUGCUUUCGCCACCCUCUCCAAAUCAGCUGCUUGGCUUAAAAAGGAAUUCACCAGCAAUGCCGAAUCUGCCAUUGCUUCCCUAAGAGGAUUGUCAGCUACUAAAUCCUCAGGUCGAGCGGAUCUCACGCUUCUGUUCCGGGCAGCUGCUCAGGAAGCUAAAAAUUCAAGAGCACAAAACCGGAUUUUGAGGGUGAUUCUCAUAUACUGCAGGUCAUCUGUGAGACCAACCCAUGAUUGGCCCAUAAACCAGAAGCUCUUCACCUUGGAUGUUAUGUACAUCCACGACAAACCGGGCCCUGAGAAUUGUCCUCAAGAUGUGUAUGACUCGCUUGUUGACGCUGUAGAACAUGUUUCAGAGUAUGAAGGUUACAUCUUUGAGAGCGGUCAAGGGCUUGCACGGUCGGUUUUCAAGCCCAUGUCGAUACUGUUGUCGCAUCCUCAACAAAGAUGUGCUCAAGAUGAUCUCGAUAUCCCCAAGUCUCUUGCAAAGAAAGUGAUUGUGGUUGAUGCAGCAAGUGCUGAAGAUCAUUACAAUGGGAACAGUGUUCAGACUAUAAGCCAAUGA